UUGUUUCUGCUGAUUACAAGAAUAUCGGCAGUCCAAUAUCAAAAUCUUUUGCAAUCAGUUUCAUGAUAGCCGAAUUCUUUGAAAACUGUUCCUAUGUCAAAUCAUGUGAUUUUGAAAACGGGCCAUGUGACUGGAAGCUAAGCGACCAAUCGGAUUCAAGCAUCAAAGAGAUUGAGAGCAAUUCAUAUCUAUACAGUGAACCGCUACUAGAUGCCUCUCUCUCUACCUCUAAUUCAUUCAUUAUUGGGCACACAAUUAUUAAUGAUAGCUACUGUGGAUUAAGCUUCAGUUUAAUGAAAAGCAUUGACAUUGAUUUGCAGGUAUUAGUCUCUGGUUUAGGAGUGGUAUGGUCCAGCUACUCUUUGCAUGAGUCUACAAACACUUACGUCACCUCUAAUGCCACCUGGAGGGAUGUGUCGGUCUUCAUUGAUGUUAGCAGUGUGGAGAUUAUGAGUGGGAGAAAUGUCACUUUUGAAAUGGUUCCUGCGAUGACUGGCGAUGAUGAUUUAAGUGAUACAUUUGUUGCAAUAGAUAAUGUUACGUUGCAUCCAUGCGUUGAUUGUGAGGCUCAAGAGUGUAGUUGCAUUUCUUGCAUUCAACAGUGUACAGUCAGCCCUUGUCAAGAUGGCAACUAUUUAUCACUUGAAGUCAAUCAGUGUAGACCCUGUCCUCCUGGGUACUACUGUGAGAAUUGGCGGUCAAUGCCUAAACCAUGUCCACCUGGUACAUUCAGGAAUAUAACUGGAGGAACUGGCCCUGCUCAUUGCCAGGUUUGUUCCAAUGGUACCUACACAAUUUCAUAUGGUUCGGCUACUUU